AUGGGAAAUAUAUCUGUCCGAACAUUGAGUUAUUCUCUGCUUAAAACUGAAGAUGUAGCUAUAGAACUUGAAGAGCUUAAAGUCGCUCCUCAGCAUGAUGAUCCUUCUCCAAGAGCCUUAUCCAGUGUAAUAUCUGUCCUUAUAAAUUCAGGAGAUUCUAUUAAAGCACUCCAAAUACUUGAACAGUUUACCCCAGAUUUAGCGUUUCCUGGCUCAGAAGUUUAUCUUAUUUUAUCUUCCCAAGCCUUUAUUGAUCUGAUAAGAGAAAAUUCAGUGAUUGAAGCGUUGGAAUUGGCUCAGAAGCUUUUAUCUCAAUAUAAAGAGUCAACGAUAAAAGUAUGGAAUUAUAUAAAUCAAGAAUUCUGCGAAAUUAAAAUAAAUGAAAUUAUGGGCUUAUUGUGCUAUGUUUCUCCAAUUGAAAGCGUGCUUGGGUAUCUAUUGAAUGAAAAGCAGAGAGAAAAAGUUGCAGAAAUUGUAAAUCUAAGACUGAACCCUGAAGAUGAAAAAAAGUCAUAUUUUUGCAAUGCAGGGAAAAUUUGGAAAUGCUUGAAAAAGAAAUCUAAAUAA